AUGCUAGAUUCGUUAAGCAGCAAGGAGCAAAAGGAACCGCACGCGGACCUCGACAGCAGCGUCGACGUGAGUGAAGAAGUGCCGAAAGGCAGUCACAGCAGGAGCAGUUUGUAUGGUGGUAGUAAAGCCAAUCCAAAUAACAGCUGUGGCCAAGUGAAUAAUGACCAGCCGAGUAGUGGCCAAGUGAAUAACGACCAACCGAGUAAUGACCAACCGAGUAGUGACCAAGUGAAUAACGACCAACCGAGUAGUGACCACCCGAGUAAUGACCAACCCGACGGCGUGACCAACUCGGACAAGGGAUGUACGAAGAGCCCACAUGACACAGGCACGUUAAAAAAGUCCGACCAAGAAAAGGGGGAGCAAGACACAAGCGAAACGAACAAAAAAGGCAGAAGCAGCGAACAAAAACAGAGCGAAAAACAGAACGAAAAACAGAGCGAAAAACAGAGCGAAAAACAGAGCGAAAAACAGAGCGAAAAACAGAGCGAAAAACAGAACGGCCACAACUACAUCUACGUUAGGGUAAAAACAAACGACUGUAAUAACAACACCAUUAAGUGUAAGAUAGACAAAAACAUCAAUGUAAAAAAAUUGAAAAAAAGCCUGAGGAAAAUAUUACACAAUGGUGAUGAGGAGUAUAGGAUCAUUUACAGGGGCAGAUUGCUGAAGGAUGUUGAAGUCUUGGCCAAGUACAAUAUAAAAUUUAAUGAUAUCCUAUACGCAAUUAAGAUUAAUAGGAAAAAGAACGGAAACGACGCCAUCCUGGAUUCAGGAAUCACCAGCUCGCAGUUAAGUACCAUUGGAGAGGAGUACAACGAUUUUGGCAAGUUCCCCCAAAAUGAUAAUAUAUCGAAAUUAAUUUCUUCCAUGUUUGAUAAUAGUGAUUUUCUGAAAUCAAUAAUGGACUCGAAUAAACAGUUGCAAAAGUUAAGAGAAAAAAAUUCAGAGAUACACCACAUGCUAAACGAUUCUCAGUCAUUGAAGCAGUCUUUUGAGAUGAUUAAAAAUCCGUCAUUAAUGAAAGAACUGAUGAGGAACACGGAUCGAGCUAUAAGUAACAUAGAAGCAAUUCCAGGCGGGUUCAACACUCUGAGACGAAUGUACCAUAACAUACAGGAGCCCAUGUAUGCUGCGAGUGAAGCAUCUAAUGAAAAUAAAAAAAAUAAAAUUAAACACUAUGACUUAAAAGCGUCGUCUCCACCCACCAGUGAAGCCUUCCCGAACCCCUGGGCUUCCAAAGAUGUGAAUACAAAAAAUAAAAACAAAAAUAGUCAAAAUAAUGAUCUAGAUAAAUAUCUUCUCAUGAAUAAUAAUUUGUUUAACAACAGCAAUGACCUUUUUAAAUCGAGCAAGAAGAACAGGGGCAGCGGGUUGGGAGGCAACAACAGCCUUUUCAAGACAAACAUUUUGGACCUGCUGCAGAAUUACCAGGCGCCUCCUCAAAGCCAGGGGGGCGCCAAGAACGGGAUGGGCGGGAUGAGCGGCAUGAGCGGGAUGAGCGGGAUGAGCGGGAUGGGCGGCAUGAACGGGAUUGGCGGCAUGAACGGGAUUGGCGGCAUGAACGGGAUGGGCAGCAUGGGCGACCUCUUCAACAGCGCGCAGAUGAACAACCGGCAGAUGUACCACGGGUUACUCAACAGCGGACUGUUCAGCGGGGGUUUGCUGAACAAGGGGUCGUUAAAUAGCGGGUCCACGGUCAGCGGUCCCCCGGCAGAUGGCCCCCCAGCUAGCGGCCCCCCCAGUAGCGCUCAUCCCAAUGGCACGCACCCCGCAAGUGGCUCCCCCCUGGGCGACCUGUUCAACAACAACCUAUUUAGCGACAAGCUAGUUUUCGGAUCCAACCUCACGAGUAACCUCACGAGUAACCUCACGAGUAACCUCACUAAUAACCUCACUAAUAACCUCUCGAAUAACCUCACGAAUGAGUUUAUUAACCAGUACACACAAGUACAAAAGAACAAGGACGACCCAGAAGGCGCCAGUUCUCUAAACCAAGGAAUUUUAAAUGUGAAAGACCAAGUGAAUAAUGAAAAAGAUUGGAAGUCCCAUCUGCAUAUUCCAUCCAUUAUCAGCCGGAAUGGGGAGGUAAUCGCUUCGAAGAGUAGCAGCCCCCCUCUUGGCGAUGCAGAGAAGGGAAGAGAUAAUGGGGUUGUCAAUAGUGCUCAUGAAAGGGAACUCCAUUUGGGAGAAAAAAGGAAUGACAGUCAAAAUUUUGUAAAGGAGGUUAUCUAUGAGAAUAAACUAGAAGAGAGUAAUAACAAAGGGGAGGAAGGAGACAUGGGUAAUUUGCACAAUGUUGUAAGCGUGACUUGUGUGAAGGGAGAUAGUUCGAUGGAGGAAGGCUCUCCAAAUUUGUUACCAAGUGAUGUGAGUAAGUCGAAUGGGGGUAUUUCCCCAAGUUGUGCGGUGCUGAAUAUGCAUCUAGGGAGUGGCAACCUGGGGAAUGCUAGCUCUAGCCCGCUAAACAUCCUGGAGAACCAUGUCAACAACCUCGAUUUGAGAAGCAUGUCUGAGGCGAUCAAGCUACUGAGCAGCGGUGGAGGUGGAAGCAGCGGUGGUGGUGGAAGCAGCGGUGGAGGUGGAAGCAGCGGUGGAGGUGGAAGCAGCAUUGGUGGCAUCGUUGGCGGUAGCGCGCAGAGUGAACAAGAAUAUUUUUGCAAGCUGUACGCCGAGCAACUGAAUUCACUACGAGGAAUGGGGUUCACGGAUGAGCAGAAGUGCAUAAAGGCGCUAGUCAACACGCAGGGGAAUAUCGAAAGGGCCAUCGAUUUGUUGUUGGCCGACAUGAAUGCAGGUCGGGAUUGA